AAACUGCUGCGAGUUUAAAUCGGUGGAAAAUAUGUACAAUUUUAAAUAAUUGGGAUGGAAAAUAGUUAACUCCACAUGAUUGGUCAGAUGUUUAAUUUGUUUUGUGUUUGAAUUGUGUGCUGAUCCCUUAACGUUGAUUGAAAAAAAAAAACUAGAAAACUUUCUUUUUUUGCCGAAUUUUCUGCGCAGCCGCAGAUAAGGUAGUGCCUUCUCAUGCUUCAUACUGAAGGUUUAGUGUGGUUAUUUUUUGCACACAGGCGGACUUGCCUGGAUUUGAUGGUAGUGCGGGGAAUUGUUUUCUGAGGACUUUAGCGGUUUUUGAAUGAUUGAAAUCAGCGCAUAACUUCAAAUGCUUCAUCUUCUCCAUUCUUUCUGCGAAAAUAAGAAAAGAUUCAUAACAUCCUUUAGAGUCUGCACAGCAACACACAUUCCGUGGUCCCUCCACUGAGACCCUCCUGCCUGAGGAUUAUAACGAAAAACAGUCCCUGAGGCCCCCAGUGCCAUGCCUGAAGGCUCCCUUAGUGCUCCAUAUGAAGUUCCAAUGGGUGAAGAAUCUCCUCGGUUGUCCACGGCCUCCUCCAUCAGCAGCAAUGAGAGAAUGUCUACAGCGACGAUAUCGGAGUGCUCUGCCUCGGUCAGCACCGAUUUCUCGGACACAGACCGCCCAGUGAGUCUGGUGUCCACGCUGUCCUCAGGGUCCUCCAGAGACGGGCAGAGUCUAUACGGGAGUACAGCUGCACUGACCGCUGCAGCUUCUGCCUCUGGUUCUACAGAACCCACACCUGCAGCUGAUGAUGACAUCGACUUGGAAUUGAGCCCCACGGGGAUCAAAAAGGAACAGCAGGCCGAAGGCAUGUUUAUAGAGAACACAGAAAAGGCGGACGUGGAUUUAUGGUCAAGUCGCUCUCACAACCACAACAACAACGCUGCCAACAAGGCCGGUGCUGAAAGUCCCCGCCAGGCUCCUCUCUCGCCCUUUGCUGCCAAAGCCAUGGCACCCAAUCCUAAGCUUACCUACGUGGACCGUGUUGUCAUGGAGAUCAUUGAAACGGAGCGUAUGUACGUUCGGGACCUGCGGAGCAUUGUGGAGGAUUACCUGGCCCACAUUAUUGAUACAAGUGACCUGCCAAUCCGACCUGAGCAAGUCUGUGCCCUGUUUGGAAACAUUGAGGACAUCUAUGAAUUCAACAGUGAACUCCUACAGUCUUUGGAUAUGUGUGACAAUGAUCCUGUGGCUGUUGCAAGGUGCUUUGUACACAAGAGUGACUACUUUGAUAUCUACACUCAGUACUGCACAAACUACCCAAACUCAGUUGCAGCACUGACAGAAUGCAUGAGAAGCAAGACGCUGGCCAAGUUUUUCCGUGAGAGACAGGCCUCGCUGAAACGGUCCCUCCCGCUGGGCUCCUAUCUGUUGAAGCCCGUUCAGAGAAUCCUCAAAUACCACCUGCUGUUGCAGGAAAUUGCGAGGCAUUUUGACCCUGAAGAGGAGGGCUAUGAAGUGGUGGAGGAGGCAAUUUACACAAUGACAGGUGUGGCCUGGUACAUCAAUGACAUGAAGAGGAAACACGAGCAUGCAGUCAGGCUGCAGGAGAUCCAGUCUCUCUUGAUCAACUGGAAAGGCCCUGACCUAACCACUUAUGGCGAGCUGGUCCUGGAGGGCACCUUCCGAGUUCACCGAGCCAAGAAUGAGCGCACCCUCUUCCUUUUUGACAAGACAUUACUUAUCACUAAGAAGCGAGGAGAGCACUAUGUCUACAAGACACACAUUACUUGUUCCACCCUGAUGUUGAUAGAAAGUGCAAAAGAUUCUCUGAGUUUCAGCGUGACGCACUACAAACAUCCCAAACAGCCUCACACUGUCCAGGCUAGAACUGUUGAAGAGAAAAGACUGUGGACCCAUCAUAUUAAAAGGCUCAUUCUGGAAAACCACCAUGCCAUCAUUCCACAGAAGGCAAAGGAAGCCAUCUUAGAAAUGGACUCUAUAUACCCAAGCAAAUACAAAUACAGCCCAGAACGGUUGAAGAAAGCCAUGUCGUGCCAGUCUGAUGACUUUCCAGGCGGAGGAAGGCAAGGUCGCAGGCAGUCUGAGCCUACUAAACAGAUUAUCAAGAGCACGAAAGCCCUUCUCAAGCACUCAGACAGUGAAGGGGCCCUGCAGGAAGACAGGGACUCCCUACACGUUGGACCUAGUGUCAGCAACUCAAGUCUAGGCGAGCCCGAGGCUGAAAGGCCUAGUAUGGAAGACGAUGAGGAGAGGACAGACUGCGAAGAAUUGGGCCUAAGCAAAGACUCUCUUGAGCAGCUGAUUCCUAGUGACAGUGAGGAGCCUAGCCAAGAAACACAGCUCUCCUUUGGUGGAGCUGAGGAGGGAGAGAAUAUGGAAGACGGGAUACUGAUGGGGGAAGACCAGGUAGCGGACUUUGCCAGCUCAAUGCUGGCCGCCAUCUCCUGCUGGCACUAUAGGGCCAGGGCUUUGCUUUUCGCUCGGUACACAACGGAUGAAGAAGGCUCUAACAUAAUAGAAGAAAAUGGAUUGAAGAGGCAAAACAGCCAGUCAUCUGGCCAGGAAGACCUGUGUGGAUCGCUGGAAAGGAAAGUGCAGCCCCCUGCAGAAGAGGAACAGCUGCAGAACAAUGUUGCCCAAUCAGAGAAUGUAGACAAGUGCAUAGAAGAUCAUCCUUCAGAUUUGGAGACGGCUGGAAUACCAGACCUGCUGUCCAAAGCUUCCCUGGGUCCUGAGGAUACUGCUGGAGAGGACAUGGAUGAGGUGAUUGAGGAGAUAACUGAAGAGUCUUUGCCCCAUGAGAGAAGAGAGGAGGCAAAGACCCUGAGCAGUGGGGAGUCUUCUGAAGAGGAGGAGGAAGAGACGGCAAUAGAGCAUGACUCGGACAGCAUUCUGCCCCCUUCUGUUUUAGACCAGGCCAGUAUCAUUGCAGAACGCUUUGUAAGUAACUUGUCCAGAAGGAGCAGUUUAAUAGCAGAGGAUGUCCGUUCCCUUGGUUGCCCUUCCCCAAGGUUAACAAGCAGAAGCAGCAGUGUAUUAAGCUUGGAGGCCUCUGAGAAAGCUCAAAAACUCAACAGCGCUUGCUCUGAGCCCCCUCUGAACAUGGUUACUCAGGACUCAGUGGGUUCCCAAGGCACUGCCAGCCAAGAUAUCAUGACAUUGUCCCCAAACUCAGACAACCUCUUUGAUGUAGAAAGACCGUCUUUCAGGAGGAGAGACUCUACUUUGUCCAAACAGGAUCGCCUGCUUAUUGACAAGAUUAAGAACUAUUAUGAACAUGCAGAACAUCAGGAUGCCAGCUUUAGUAUCAAGCGAAGGGAAAGCCUGACCUACAUUCCUGCUGGUCUUGUCAGAAACUCUGUAUGCAGAUUCAACAGCAUCCCCAAGGAUGAUCCUGUCCCUGCUCCUGUAACUGUGAAAAAAAUGGACAGCACUGCCUGUAAAGCUGGUGACAUUGGCAGUAGGCCAGCUUCCUGGACUGUUUUUGAUCUCCCAGCCACAGAGAGGGACAAUAAGCCAAUGCCUUUAGAGACAGAAACUGAAAGAUCUGUGAACUUUCCUAGUAGCCAGUCUAAGUCUCAUAAUUUUGAAACUCUUAUUACUGAUGAGGAGUUCAAACCAUCUACAGAAAUGGUUACAGUGUGGCAGGAGAUGGAAAAAGAGCUAAACAGCACUCCUGGAAAACCACAGAGCAGUGAACUGAAGUCAACUGAAGGAAAUCUUUCAAGGGGAGUGAGUCCAAAAGUGUUGAGGAAAGGCCAGAUCAGCAAUGGCAGUGCUGACAGAGAAUACGGUGAGCCUCUGAUGAUACUUGAGGAAAGUGAUCUCAGCACAAUCACAGAAGAGUCUUGUGUGCUGUCUCCAGAUAAGAUCUCUCCAACUAUCUUUGGACUCGAAAGAAAAGGCAGCGUGUCAGAAACAAACCAGGUACAUGAUGAGAGCACUGGAGCAAGAGUUUCCAGAGCACCUGUCCCCAGAAUCAUCCAUCUCAGGUCAGGCAUUGAUGAAGAGACACUGCUACAAGACAUGGAAAAAGUGAAGAAUAAGGUCUUCCAUCUGGCAAGACAAUACAGUCAGAGAAUCAAGAGCACCAGGCCUGUGGUGAGGCCAAGAGGGAGAGAGGGAGAGGGCCAGCUGAAUAAGAGGAACUUACCAUCAGUGCAGGAGGAAAAACUAGAGAAAGAAAACAAAGAAAAACCUGUCCUGACUCUGGCUCUAAGUAGUUCUGAUCAAGUCGUCCUGCAGGAGAUGAGUCCCACGUUGCACGCGAGGUCUCCGGUGCUCCAGUACCCUUGCCCAGCUCGCACUUCCAGCUGCAGCCCGGUGCGUAGCCCGGCCUCGGCAGGGGGGAGCCCCCGCAUUCUGUCCCCGAGCAGAGCCCGCUCCAAGAGUCCCCUCAGUCCCGUGCAGUCCGAGAGCUUUAACUGGCCUGAUGUCCGUGAGCUGCGAUCCAAGUACGCCAGCCGGGGGACCGACAGAGCCCAUCCCAAGCAGCUACCAGUGGGCAGGAGUUGUUCCGUCCCAGAGAAGAUGCUGGAGAGCUCGGUGUGCUGCCCGGAAUGGAGGCGGUCCAGUUACUCCGCCAGCACCUCCAUGCCACCGGACGCCCGUGGCAGAACAGCUUCCGCCAGCACAUCUGAGAGCUGGGACUGCAGGGCUCCUCAAAGGGACAGCGGAGAAGGCCAGAGCCAUCCACACGCCAGGGUCUGCAGGACGGGCUCCCUGGAUCACAGAAUCGGCGGGCUCCAGUUGAGCGAAAUCCAGAAACCCAGAAACAAAGACCUGAAAAGCACGUACUAUGUUUCCGGAGAGGCCACCCUGCCUAAUGAGCAGAAGGUGAUAGUAAUAGAGAAGAUGCAGGAGAAGGAGUCAGAUGCAGCGGUCUCUGAGCCAGGUGAGGUUGUGGAGGCUGACGACAGCUUUGUGCAAAUUCGCUCCCCCACGACCAGGGAGAAGAUCUCCAUCAUGGCUGUUAUUGAGCGGUGCAAAGCCUACCAGGAGUCAGAGGAGUAUCGCCAGAGAGAGGAGGGAAGCAAGACUGACCAGGCCACUGAAUUCCGGAAAGCUCCAUCAAGUUCCAUGAAAAAAACUGAAAGCAGCCAACAGAGCUUGGUGAAAAACCUACGAGAAAAGUUUCAAAAUUUAAGCUCAAAUCCCUGAAUACUUUGAAACUUGAGUUAACAUUUUAAUUAUCACUUUAAAAAAUCAUGUACUUUUUAAAACAAUGAAAUAACGUGGAUUGCCCUCAGUAAAAAACAGGUCCUCAGUUCAUUAGAACCAUUGUUUUAUUCUUACUUGGUUAGCUUGCAUUGAGGUGUUGUUUUUCCCUAAUGCAAAGAUAUUCUCAGAGGAGUUCAUUUGUUUUUGCUCAAGCUUGUGUGCCUGUGAAAUUUACUGAUAAUUAAUCAAGGAAAGCAAGCACCUUAAUAAUGUCAUUGUUUCAUACCUUGUUGUGCAAUCUCCUUAUUUUGCCCCUUACUUUGUUUUUAUUCCUUUAUUUCUCAUAUCAUGGACAGAUAAUACCCUACCACUAUUUACAUAAGUUUCUGUACCCAGAGAACUGACAUAAUUUAUCAAGAUGUUUUGCAGUCACGUUGCCUGUAAUUUAAGAAACUUUGGCUUAACCAUCACUUACAUCUUAAAAGAUAAAGGACAAACCUCUUGCACAUGAGGCUAGAGAGGAAAAAAAAACUGUUGUGAGCAAAAAAGUUUCACUUGUUAUUCUAUUACAGUUUUCAUUGUGAAUUUAAGGCAUCUUUUUAAGUAAAUUUUGUUGUGUAGUGACAACUAAUAUUUCAGAUAAUAUAUCAGAUGCAGAAACAUUUUAGGGAGAAAAAAAAGAAAGAAACCUUUAUGGUCAUACUGUUAAACCCUAAGAAAAAAAUAAUUGGAAAAUAAGAAUGUACAAAUAUGCUCAUUCCCUUUUGUUUUGUAUUUUUGACAUUAAACUGCCGUGAUGUGAAAAGUUUCUCAUUUAAUUUUUUAAGAUGUUAUGUGUACAUAACAUGGACCUGCAACUUGACCAUGCUUUAAUCUUCUGUGAUGAGAAAAGGCCAAUUUUUUUUACUGUAGCAAAAUUUAGGCCUACAAUCUGGCCUUCUUAAAGGUUUGACAAUUUAAUAUAAAACUUUUUUUAAUUCUGAAAUAUUAUUUCUUGUCUUUACGCCUCACAGUCAUCUGCCAGAUAUGCACAGCAGUUUGAGACAUAUAUAAUUAGUCCUCCAUUAGAGGUGGAGGUUUAGAUGCAAGUAAAAGUAAUAUUUCUGACAAGUCAACAGAAUUGCCCUGACAGGCUUAAGCAAACCACGAUUUAAAUGCCAUUGUGUAGCAGAGCUAGUUCUGAUACGGUGACGUCAUCGCCCUCACUGUGCCCUCAGCUGCCUGGGCUAGGGAGGGUCUCCUUUAGCUCAUGCGGCUGGUUCCCUGUUGCGUUAUGCCGGAGACCUGGGUUGGCGCCCCAGGUGUUGCGGGACGAAACGGGUGGCGGAGGGCACGAGCCCGCGCAAAACUGCGGCCGUCACAACUGCAAUCCUAUUGCACAGUUAUUGAAAUAGAUAUUUUACUGGACCUUUACCUUUUCAAGCAAAUGAAAAAUAUGUAUAUACUGUAUGUUGUAGAAAUAUUGUCUGGUUAGCAGGCAGACAAUGGGAAGGAAAAUUGUCAUUAGUGUUAUAGGAACGGGACUUGAUAAAGUCCUCUACUAUUAACAUUUGUGCUGGUAGGAUGAUGGUAAUUUUGCUGAUGUAAUCUCUUUUUGCUGGUAAUAAACUGGAUGAUACUUCCAAGAUCUGUAAAAUGGGUGUACAUUGCAUCAGAAUUGCCAUUAACUGGGGAAUCACAACUGUAGUCCCAAAAUACUGUUGUCCUUUACUUUUUCAUAAUGAAAAGGCACAGCCCAAUUUUCAGUAUAACAUAUCUGCCAUUAACCUGUCUUCUAUCUCAAAGUUCUUCAGCAUCUGUUAUGGAGUUCCACAAGAUCUUUUACUCUUCAUUCCACCUGGCCGCAGUUACCAAGUCAAACAAAUUGAUUUAAUUGGGUCAUCAGACACUGCUGCAGUUAAUCAUGAAAAUGUGUGGCUAAUUAUUACUGACUUGGCUCUGUGUUACCUGCCUGCUAAAAACCUGGUUUCAUUAAGUUUAAGUAUUUAUAAUGCCAAUUUCCUGGCUGAAUAUUCAGAUUUGAAUCAGGAAAUUUCUGGUGGAAAAUUGAAACAUACAGGUACAGAUUAAACAAAUCAUCAUUUAACUUCUCUAUCUUAAGACAACCACAGCAUGGUAGAUUCAAGAUAUGAAUUUUGAAAAACGUCUUGGGUGUGUACAACAAAGAGUACCUCUUCAAAACCCUUCUUUAUAAAGUAAAAUAUUGAGUUGAAAUAAAUUUUGUACUGCACACAGUAUGUUGACAAACACUUACAUUGUGUUCCACUAAAAGACAUUUACAGUACAGACGUAAAUGUCUUGUUAUUAAGGGACUUGAGAAGAUACAUUAAUAAAAAUAUUUACCAUGGCUUCUCAAAUGUUGGUGUUGUCAGUGGAUUAUUAGCAUUGCCAGCUGCCACUUCAAAGCUACAAUGACUCUGGCAGAAGGGCCCAUAAAAUAAUUCAGUGUCUGUUUUAGUUAUUUUAUACUGUUACAUUUAAAAAUCACAAAGGUAUUAUUCCCUUCAACAAAACAUAAAACUAGAAAACCUUCCUCUCAUCUGAUAUCCUCUGAUCAGACUGCUAGUGGCUGGUAACCCUCCAUACAUUCCAAAACACCCACUUUGUUGUCUUUAAAUUAACUGAACCUAGUCAAAGCAUGCCAACGUUUCAGGGGGAGAGGAAAGAGCCAUCUCUAACUUUCGAUGAAAGCCAGACAAUUAAAGGAUUUUAGAACCAAUGCCAUUACUUCACAUGAAUAGGAGAAAUGAGAAAAAUGUUUUUUUUUUCUGAUACAAAGGAAGGCCUGCUUUCUACUAAUACAGAAUAUGACGCAUGUCAUAUGUUGUCUGGAAGUUCAAAAUCUAAUUCUGUCAUUAAGUGAAUCAUUUCAGCUUUGCAGUCUGUUGCCUGAAAUUGUGGGUUCUCAUUUAUUCAGGAUGUAAAAAGAAAUACAGCUUAUAUCUUCACUAAAAAUAGGUUAGAAAGAUGGAUCUUACUGAGGAAACAUUUCAUCCACAAAGCCUACACCUCUAAGGACAUAUUAAAUGGAUAACCACUUACAGCAUCUGACUUCUGAACCACAAAUAUUAGCAAACCAACUAGAACACACAUUUCCAGAUCUAGUGGUGGACUGAAUAAAAUCGCCACUAUGCUGUUGCUUUCCUUUUUUUACCCAAAUUUCUCAUCUGUAAGUAGCUGGGACCCUAAAUAUAUCAACUGAACUUGGGUACUAAAACCCUUACUUAAUUCUCUUAUUUAUUAAGGUGAUGUACAUUUGUUAUACAAUAAUUUUAUGUCUAUAAGUAUAUAUAAAUCUAUGCUAUCCUCUUCCACAAACGUAUUGUAUAUAAUGUUGUAAUUUUGGUUCAUGGAAAGUGUAUACAAUACAUACAAUAUUAAAAAAAAUAUAU